UAAUAUUAAUAUGUCUAGAAUUAGUGAUUUUGAAAUUAUCAACCGUUUGGGUGAAGGAUCCUAUAGUUAAGUAUUUAAAGUCAUUAGGAAAUCUGAUUAACAAAUUUAUGCCAUGAAAAAAGUUAAACUAUUUGAUUUGAAACCAAAAGAAAAAGAAAAUGCGCUUAACGAAGUAAGAAUAUUGGCAUCCUUUGAUGAUCCCAAUAUUAUUAAUUACAAAGAAGCCUUCAUUGAUGACAAUAUGCUCUAUAUUAUUAUGGAGUUUGCCACAUAAGGUGAUUUACAGUAUAGAAUCAAAUAGACAGGUAAUUAAUUAUUUCCUGAAACAGAAAUAUGGAAAGCUUUAUUUUAAAUUACCAAAGGGUAUAAGAUUUCAUUUUAUUUAGUCUCAAGAAAUUGCAUGACAAUAAAAUUGUUCAUAGAGAUUUAAAAACUGCUAACAUAUUCAUUUCUAAUGGUAAUUACAAGCUCGGAGAUUUAAAUGUUUCCAAAGUAACUAAAAAGGGUUUAGCUUACACAUAAACUGGAACUCCCUAUUAUGCAAGUCCUGAAGUCUGGAGAAAUGAAGCAUAUAAUUCUAUGAGUGAUAUUUGGAGUUUAGGAUGUGUCAUCUAUGAAAUGGCUUCCCUCAAAUUACCAUUCAAAGCUCCUGAUUUACAAACAUUAUGCAAUAAAAUUUAAAGAGGACUUUUUGAAUGUUUACCUAAACAAUAUUCCAGAGAUUUAUAAUCUAUCAUUGUAUAAAUGAUUUAAGUUCAACCUAUGAAAAGAUUAUCAUGUAAUCAAAUUCUGCAAUCUCCUCUACUUAUCAAUAAUUUAAAGGUAGCCCCCCCUAUUGAAAAAUCAACUUCUAAAGCUGAAUUACUUUAAACUAUAAAAUUACAAUAAAUCUAACUUCCUAAGUCCAAUUACAAAGAAGAGCCUAUUAAAAAAACUGUUGAAUAACCUAGAAUCAACUAAAGAGCUCAUAGUGCAUGUAUUUAAUCAUUUUUUAAAAUCAAGUACCUGGAUAGAUCAAAGAUAAAAAUCUAUCUCCUUUAAAUAAUUAGCAAAAUUAUCCUUCUGCAUCUAGAAAAAAAGGAGAUCCUCCAUCAACUCCUAGUACUAGAAUUUAAAGUAGUGCUCCAAGUUAAAGGGAACGAGAAAAAAUGCUUCAAGAAUAACUAAAAAUUGAACUUAAAAAGGAAUAACAAAAAUUAAAUGAUUAAAGAUAAUCUAUCAAGAGCAAUAAUCAACCAAUAGCAUCAGAUGCUAUUCGAUAAUAAAUAAUUUAAUAACAUAAAAAAGAAGAACUUAAAAAUGAAGAUAAAUCAACUAAUUAAAAAUAAAAAUCAGUUGACACUAAAAAAGAAAGACUAAUUGUUUCUGCAUAACCAAAAUAAUAAAUUGAGCAGAAUGUUUAAGCCUAAGAAACUUAAUAUUAAACUUAACCUUCUGAAUUUAUUGUUGCAGGAUUAAAAAAUAUUAAUCCUUAAUCCAUUUAAUCUAUUUUAUGUUAACCUGUUUUAGAAAUUGGAGAAAGCCCCUUUCCUUAAAGAGCUAAAGUUAAAAAAUAAGAAUAAAUUAAUAAUCAUUAACAUUAUUUCCCUAUCUAAGAAGAAUUUUCUGACCGCAAAUUAGUUAAAGGAAAAACUAAUAUAUGA